AUGAAUAUUCCAAAACCUGUGGAGGGCGAUGUGGACAUUGACGAUCGUGUAUUGACACAGAUGUUUACAGGAACUGGCACAUUUCAGGCUUGCUGGGUCCUCACAUCCAUUGUCGGCGCGGCAUUGUUGUUCCGCUAUGCCGUCAAAGUCUGGGUGCGUUGGGCUUUGCCGCAGGUCACGGCACCCGAGCGAAUCUGGGGUUUAGAGGAUUUGUUCUUCCUCGUGGCUUGGGGUUUUGAUAUCACCCAUAUGAUAUUUAUUCAGCUGAGUGCGAACUGGGGCCUCGGGAGGCAUUUUUUCUACUUAACUGGUGAAGAGCGUCUUAAUGCCAUGAAAUGGGACUUCAUUUCACAGCCAUUGGCUGUCACUUCGGCUAUGAUCUCCCGUGCAGGCAUGAUGUGGUUUCUUCUGACCUGCUUUGCAGCAAGUGACAAGAAGAUUCGCAAAUCUAUUAUCAUCUGUGCUGUUGUUCAAGUCGUCGUCAAUAUGGUUACCAUUGUCCAGAUCAUUGUCCAGUGCGGACCAAACCCAUAUCAAACGACUGAUCGAGUACAAUAUUUCCACUAUAUGUGGACACCACUCCCUGAAGAUGGCUCCGUCAAGUGCCAAUCACCGGCUGUCCAGACAACUAUCGGGUUUGUGCAAGGAGGAUUCAACACCGCCAUCGAUUUUUUUCUCGCCGUGCUCGCUGCCGUUGAACUGUGGCAAUUCUUCUUACGAACACUCCACCGUAACCCAAACAUGACAUUCUGGUCCCAAUUCUGCAAAAUCAGUGGCACCGUCCGAUCCCGCCGGGUCUGGCAGACCAUCACUCUCAGCGGACCACUGAUCCUCUCCGGCUGUGCUUCCAUUGUAAAGACCUAUGUGGGUAGACUGUCUAUCUCCCUGGCUUAUACGGAUGCUAAUAUAAUUUACCAGAAACUCAAAUCCCUCGGUGACAGACAGGACUUCACGUAUAACAUCGUGACCUUUGUUCUCUGGGUAAAAAUUGAAAACUACAGUAUCCUUCUCGCCUCCUGCGCCCCAGUAGCCCGUCUCUUCCUCCGCUCCUUCGUUGACCGCAAACGCGAAGGCCGCACUCACGGCUACUGGUCUCGCACUCCGUCGAGUGGCAAUGAGCCUAGCACGGAGCUGAAAUGUCGCGCUAAUUUGAAGGGCCAAUGGCUAGAUUCGAGGACAGGGACCAAUAUGACCAAUGCCGGUAUUCACGAUGGGGAGAAUUCAGCGACUCGGUGGAAUGGGCAUGAGCGCUCGAGCCAUCAGGUUUCAGAGGCGGAGAUGCUAAAGCAGCUUGAAGAUGGAUUUGUUACUAUCAAGACAGAUAUUGUUAUUCAGGUUGAUGAUAGGCGGUCGACUUCUUCGGGUGGGACGAGGUUGUUACCUGGUGGAGGUGAGGCCCAUUCUGGGGGCUUUCAUUGA